AUGUCCCUCAAAAAGGUGUUGACAGGGCGUGUCUGCCAUACAUUGCUCUCCUCGACUGUUCGCACUCCUUUCGCUGCUUUUUGUACCGCCAGCCAGGCCCCAAUUACACCUCGAUAUUCAUUGGCCACUAAAUUAGCAGUCGCGAUCCCGACAGCGUUACUCGGAUCUUGGAUCCUCUUUUCCGAGGACCCCGGCACCAGAGUUGUAAUCGCUCUUCAGCUGCCCUUUAGACUCGCUCGCGACAUCGCAUGUGCAGCAACUAUUGCAGCUGAUUAUAAGUGGUCUUUGAGAGGGCUGGUCGGGGACAAGUACGAGGAAGCUCAACACAAAGUUCAUGAGCGCUCUGCAGAAAGGCUGCAGCGCCUCUGCUUUGCUAAUGGGGGUAUCUACAUCAAGCUUGGCCAGCACAUCGCCCAGCUGGACCACUUAUUGCCAGAGGAGUAUGUGCUCACCAUGCGGAGAACGAUGCUGGACCAGUGCCCUGUGUCAACCUACAAGGAGGUGGCCAGGAUUGUGAAGGAGGACUUGGGAAGCACCCCAGAGGAGCUCUUCGCCAGCUUUGAGCACACACCCAUCGCCUCAGCCUCACUCGCGCAGGUGCAUAGGGCCACAGCUCAUGACGGGCGCCAGCUGGCUGUGAAGGUGCAGCAUGCGGGCUUGAGGGACAGUUGCACAGCAGACACGCUGACUGUGGAGUUUCUAGUAAACUCGGUGCAUUUCCUGUUCCCCAAGUUUGACUACAGCUGGCUGGUGGAGGAGAUCAAAGACAGCCUGCCCAAGGAGCUGGAUUUCAGCAUCGAGGCGGCCAAUGCAGAACGGUGUAGGAAGAACUUCAGCUCCCGGCAGACACAUGUCAGGGGCCGAGUUGCGGUGCCGGAGAUAUCGCACCCGCUGUCCACAAAGCGGGUGCUAACGAUGGAAUUCGUGACGGGCGCCAAUGUGUGCGACAAGCAAGCGCUGGCGCGAAUGGGGUUGAAACCCAAGGAUGUUGCCCGGCUCGUGUCUGAGACCUUCAACGAGAUGAUCUUCAUCUUCGGCGAUGUGCACUGCGAUCCGCAUGCUGCCAACAUGCUGAUCCGGGAGAAGAAUGGGAAGCCCGAGCUGGUGUUGCUAGACCACGGCCUCUACAAGCGCAUCACCGAUGAAUUCAGGCGCUAUGCUGGGCUGUGGCGGGCGCUGGUGUUUGGGGACGAGGCGGGGAUCAAGCAGCAUGCAGCCGCCAUGAAUGCUGCCGACUCGUAUGCAUUCUUCGCCUGCAUGCUCACCAUGCGCCCCUGGGAAGAAGUCACCAGGGCGUCGGCGGACCACCUGUACCUGCCCACGUCGGCGGAGGGCCGGAAGAAGAUCCAGGGGUACGCGUCGCAGUUUGCCAGGGAGAUAAGCGACAUGCUGCGGCGCAUCCCCCGCCCGCUGCUGCUGCUGCUCAAGACGAACGACUGCCUGCGCACGGUGGACACCUGCCUCGGCCAGGUGCUCAAAAUUCUCUGA